UCGGGAGACAAAACAAGUAACGCACCGCUCGCAUCACAUCUCAACGAUCCUCGCUCAUUGAUCAAAGAUGCACAAGAAAGUUGCGCCAUAUCCAGGGAAAAUCUCUGUGGUGUUCCACAAGGGGCCACUUGGAUACCUUCUCCAGGACCCGUCAAAAGAAGCUCGACGGAUUAAAAAUGACCCCAAACUGCAGGACAAGUCUGCACCUAUGAGGGAGGACCUUGUACGUCAGAAUGCUCUCACUGUCGUCUAUCAGAGAGGAGGGGAUGCGUCUGACAUGAAGGAAGUGCAGGGAGAGUACAUCCUGCAGUUUGGAAAGUAUAAAGGGAAAUCUUUCCGGUGGCUUCUGGAGAAUGAUGUCGGGUACACCACAUACCUGAUCAAAGAUCUCCAGAAGCAAGAGGCUGCAGGGACCUCUGUGGAAGCAGGGCAUGGCAAGGAGAGCUUGCAUUCAUUUGUACAGUAUGCCCUCAGCUUUACAGAGAUAAAAACUCUUCUGGACUACAAGGCCAGCAGAGUGAGUGUUGCUGCAGAAGCCUCUGAGGAUGAUCAGCUGGUUGGCUUUGGCUCACGAGCCAAGAGCACAUGGAAAGAGAUUUGGGACAGCAGAGGAGAUGGCUAUGCAGACUUUAUCAUGAGGAAGAGCUGCAGUCAAGGAACACGGAUGCAUAAGCUGCAGCAGUACCUGCGGAAGAAGCAGCAGUCUGCAUCUGCUUCCACAAACGCUCCAACUAAACCCCUGGGGAUGGAUGAGGAUAAAGACCUGGAGGACGCAAUGCUGAGCAUCUCACCUGCAAAACUACACAUGCAGAGCUUCACUGUGCCAGCAGCAGCAGAAGGGUCCACACCCAGAGGAUCUUCAGGAGCAAAUACAGUUCCAUCUGCUGCACUGUCCAUACCACCGUCCAGUACAACUGCUGAACCUCAGGCAUCAUCAGCCGAUGGUGCAGCCUCAGGUGUGAAGAGGAAGUCACCUGUGCCCCUCCCACAGGAGCUGGCAUUUCUAUUAAAGGAGACCACAGGACCCAGUACAGAUGCGCCUUCCACAUCUGUGCGCAAAGUGCUGACUUUUGAAGACAGCAGUGAAGAUGCUCCUUCAGCUCAACCAGCUGUUCCAGUUCCAGUGGCUGGUUAUGAGCACGACCUCAGCAGCUGGAAUUGUUCUCCGCACCAGAAGCUGUGGAUGAAGACUGAGCUUCAGGACCUUGGACUGUGGCCUGGGUCUCGACCAGUGCGUCACGCAGGGAACGCAAUUUCACUCUGGCGUCUCCCUCCACAGCCUGAGCUCAUAGAUACAGUGGCUGACCUUCCAUCCCCAAAUUUCUUCCAGCUCCACCCCUUCUUUAUUUGGAAACCUGAGAGUGCUAUCAUGGUCAGGUUAAGAAACAAUUAUAUCUUGCCAUGUCUCCAUGGUUGCUUUCGUUCACAAGUGGUCUCUGCUGGUGUGGGCAGGCCACGAGUAAUUGUUGGCACCAGCGGUCAGUAUUACAUCCUGUCCUCACGACUCUGCUGCAGGGCUUGUCGCAGGAACUGGUUUGCUGACAAUCCACGAUGGCUGGAGAAACUGCCCAAAAGGUUUACCAACCUUCUCCCUGCUUUUCUCACAUACAAAAAGGCCAUCUGCAAGUCUGUUAUGGAUGAGCUCAGGAGGACUGGCAAAUCUCCAGCAGACAUGGCAAACCAAAUAAAUGAACUUAUGCACCUCAAGUACGAGCGAGCUCACCUGGCGUACCUCCAUGCCACAGAAUCGGUCUGGGAUUCUGAGGCAGGAGCUCAUGGACAGAGGACCAUUGGGCAGUUUCUGAGGAAGGAAAUAAGCCACAGGAGUUCAGGUCUUAUGAAGACCCACAUGCCUGGUGUGGCGUCUCUGUGUCCAGCCAUUACCUGA